CGUCACAGCCCCUCCUGAUAAAUUUUGGCCUCUAGUGCCGGAAACUGACCUCCACUGCAUUCCUCUUAUUUUGUUGCUGGGGCCGACAGCUUAUCCAACAUGGCUCAAGACCCUCGUGUUUUGCUCCAGAAAGCAGACAAAGCGCUGCAGGGCGCCAGCAGUGGUUUCAGCUUCUUUGGUGGACGGACAGAGAAAUACGAAAACGCAGCAGACUUGUACACGCAAGCUGGAAAUGCAUUCCGAGUUCAGAAGCAGAAUAAGGAAGCCGGUUUAGCAUUCGAAAAGGCUGCCUCUAUCCAAACACAGAACCUGAAUGAGCCUGAUGACGCUGCCAAUUCGUUGCAAGAGGCCUUCAAGGUCUACCGCAAGUCGGACCCUGAAGAUGCCACCCGUGUUCUCUCAAGCGCUAUCCAACACUAUGUACUAAAAGGCAACUUCCGUCGUGCUGCCACUCAGCAGCAGUAUUUGGCAGAGGUCUAUGAGGUGGAACUAGGUGAUCAGAAGAAGGCUCUAGAAGCCUACGAGAAAGCUGCUGAGUGGUUCGACAGUGAUAACGCUGAAGCCCUUGCAAAUAAGCACUAUCUCAAAGCUGCUGAUUUGGCCGCCCUGGAAGGCGACUAUUACAAAGCUAUCGAACACUACGAGAGAAUCGGUCGUUCGUCCAUUUCUAAUAACCUGAUGAAGUGGUCCGUUAAAGAUUACUUCCUCAAGGCUGGCAUCUGCCAUUUGGCCACUAAUGAUCUGGUUGCCACCAACCGCGCCCUUGAGAACUACCGUGAUAUUGAUAACACUUUCGCCUCAACAAGAGAGCACCAAUUGCUUAUUGACCUCGUUCAGACUAUUGAACAAGGUGACCAGGAGGCCUUCGCCGACAAGCUCUACCAGUUCGAUCAGCUGAGCAAGUUGGACAAAUGGAAGACAACCCUGCUCCUCCGUAUCAAGAACAAUAUCGAGGAGCAAGCAGAGGAUUUCUCUUAGAUAGCUAUAUCCGUAUCUCUUUUUGCUUCUUCGUUUCACACAUACCUCCCCACAUAAAUUCAGAAGUAGCGCUCCUCGCCACUUGUUUGGAUGUUCUUUACUAUCAUGAUCAUUACCUCAGUUUUACGGUGCGCUACGUGUCUUGGUUUUUGGGCUUGCUCGUAAAUAUACAUAUUUCAGCUAUUUCGGAUAGGGUGUUACUGAGCCACUAAUUCAUUCAAUUACCCAUACGAGGAA